AUGGCUACUUCGAAGUUGCCAGCGGUGUCCGGGGAGGAGGAGACCACCAUCCUCAUGGCCAAGGAAGAGCUGGAGGCCCUGCGCACCGCCUUCGAGUCGGGCGACAUCCCCCAGGCCGCUUCCCGCCUCCGGGAGCUGCUGGCCUCCUCGGACUGCACCCGGCUGGAGGUGGGCGUCACAGGCGAAUCGGGGGCCGGCAAGUCGUCCCUCAUCAACGCCCUUCGCGGCCUGGGCGCCGAGGACCCCGACGCGGCCCUCACCGGCGUCGUGGAGACCACAAUAGAGCCCUCGCCCUACCCGCACCCGCAGUUUCCAGACGUGACCCUGUGGGACCUGCCAGGGGCCGGCUCUCCCGGCUGCUCGGCCGACAAGUACCUGAAGCAGGUGGACUUCGGCCGCUACGAUUUCUUCCUACUCGUCUCGCCCCGCCGCUGCGGCGCGGUGGAGACCCGCCUGGCCUCCGAGAUCCUGCGCCAGGGCAAGAAGUUCUAUUUCGUGCGCACCAAGGUGGACGAGGACCUGGCGGCCACGCGCAUGCAGCGGCCCUCGGGCUUCAGCGAGGGGGCGGUCCUGCACGAGAUCCGCGAGCACUGCGCCGAGCGGCUGCGCGGGGCCGGCGUCCACGACCCGCGCGUCUUCCUUGUGUCCAACCUCUCGCCCGCGCGCUACGACUUCCCGCUGCUCAUGUCCACCUGGGAGCGCGAUCUGCCCGCGCACCGGCGCCACGCCGGCCUGCUGUCGCUGCCGGACAUCUCGCUGGAGGCCCUGCAGAAGAAGAAGGACAUGCUCCAGGAGCAGGUGCUCAAGACGGCCCUGGUGUCCGGCGUCAUCCAGGCCCUGCCUGUGCCCGGGCUGGCGGCCGCCUACGACGACGCGCUGCUCAUCCGCUCGCUGCGCGGCUACCACCGCAGCUUCGGCCUGGACGACGACUCGCUGGCCAAGCUGGCCGAGCAGGUGGGCAAACAGGCAGGGGACCUGCGCUCCGUCAUCCGCUCCCCGCUGGCCAACGAGGUCUCCCCCGAGACUGUCCUGCGGCUCUACUCCCAGUCGUCCGACGGCGCCAUGAGGGUGGCCCGGGCCUUUGAGAAGGGUAUCCCGGUGUUCGGGACACUGGUGGCGGGGGGCAUCAGCUUCGGCACCGUCUACACCAUGCUCCAGGGCUGCCUAAACGAGAUGGCCGAGGAUGCCCAGCGUGUCCGCAUCAAGGCUCUGGAGGAGGAGGAGGAGGAGGAGGACGCUCAGCCCGAUGUCAGCCUGGAGGCGGCUGGUGACAACGGAGUGGAGAAGCGGGGAUCCGGGGAGGGGAGCAUGGAGGAAGCCCCACUCUCGACCCGCCGGAAGAUUGGCCUCCUCCUUAAGUACAUUUUGGACAGCUGGAAGAAGCGAGACUUGUCCGAAGACAAAUGA